UUGCUGGUCUCCCACCUCCCCAGUCACUGCAGUUCAGUGCCCCGCUCCCUGCGCAGCACCUGGAGGAUAUUUUUACUCAGUUAUGGCAGGUGUCACCUGGAUCCUCACUUUCCUUUGCGUCGCAGGGUGCCACCGGUCCUCAGCCUCACCCGUUCUCCGCUCUACCCGGGUGGUCCAGGUGGGGCAGAACGUGACGCUGACGUGCAACCUGACGUCCAGCGCCGAGAUCACCUGGUACCUGUUGCGCUCCGACCAGCUGCUGCCUCUGCUGACGGCUGCACCGGCUAAACUAGGGGAACAAACGGUCGUGUUUCACUCCGCAGACGACGACCGCAUCAACUGCAGGGGGGACGUGGAGAGAGGCACCGUCAGUCUGGAGAUCCUGGAGGUGGCGGAGCGGGAUGUCGGGCUGUAUUUCUGCACGGGGCGCUGUGCAGGCGUUGUGUGUGUCAACAGGGGAAUUCCUCUAGCUGUGAACGGAAUUGACGGGGAGUCGGCCGGCGACAAGACGAGGCAGCCAUGUUGGAGUCUGGGAAUCUGUGUUCUUCCAGCUUUACCGGUCCUCGUUUUCGUCCUGGCCUUUGGACUCUGCCUGUGCUCAGGUCGUCCCCGCGCUCUGACUUCCUGUCCUUCGUCUUCGGGUGAACCAGCUGUUUGCUGCUGUGACUCAGUGAGAAGGGACUCCAGCCUGAGGAUCACAGAGGAGGACUCUCUGCAUUACUCCAGUUUGAGGUGUGCGGUCCGGCCCCGCCCCGCUGGCCAAGGAGGAGCGGGAUUGGUCAAAGAGGACGUGACGUACUCGACAGUGGCCAAUCACAAGAACCCAAGCAGAUCACGUGACCGCAGAUGAAGCGGGACCUUGUUUGUAAUCA